GCGUUGCCAUAGCAAGCGCCUCCAAAAUGACGAAUCAUUAAUUCCAGUCAAUGAAAAUUAUGGUCGUGGCCAGCAUAUGGCUCUGCAAUGUAUCGUAAAACCCAAGAUGUGGUUGGGCCUUAAGCAGAUCCUGCUCUACGUGGGUCUCCUGCUCUGCGUCCUCCUCCAGGUGUGCAGGAGCAAGACCCAGCUACAAAUGUUCUGUCCCACCGUUUGCCACUGCGAUCUCCACGCCCAACGCAAUAGGGCAAUAUGCAGUGCCAAGCGCUUGAUAAGCGCCAAUAUAGAAAUGCCAAAAACUGUCGAGUUGUUGGAUUUAAGCUACAAUGAUAUAACCAGCAUUGAUGAUGACUCCUUUAAGACCACUAUUCACCUGCUUAACCUUACCUUAGCCCACAAUGCCAUUAGCACCUUGUAUGGCGAUGCCUUUGCCGAGCUGCACCGUCUUCGGUAUCUGGAUCUUUCGUAUAAUCGCCUGGAACAGAUCGAUGAGCAUAUCCUGGAGGCCAAUGGCCAAUUGAUCCAUCUCAAUCUGGAGGGCAAUAAGCUGGCUACCCUGGGAAAUGGACCCAUAUUGAGGAGUCCUUCGCUUCGCUCACUCAAUCUGCGAAAUUCCCAGGUAAAUCAGUUGGGUUUGGUGCUGCUAAGUGCCCUGCCCCAAUUACGCCAGCUGGACUUGGCCCAGAACCUCCUGUUGACGCUAAGUCCUGGGGAUUUCCAUGCUCCUCGAUAUCUGGCCUCGUUGAAUGUGGAGGAAAAUCCCUUCAAUUGCGAUCGAGCUUUGGCCAAAGUGGCAACCGGAUUACGACAACGUGGAGUGGCGCUCUUCAUGAGCGAUUGUGUGGAGGAGGAGCAGGUGAAGUCGGAUUUGGUGGAAAUCCAGGAGACGGCCACCAUGAAGUUUGAGCGUCUGGAGCAUGUGGAGUCGCCCAGUACCCAGGGACCUCAGUCGGUGCUGGAAAUCUGGCGUGAACUGGACUCCAGUGAGGAGGACAGCAGCGAUGAAGAGGACAACGGCCAGAUGUCGUCGCUAAGUGAUGUUUGCGAGGGAAGUCGCGAGAAGCUGUGUCUGCGUUACCGCACCUGUCUGGAGCGUGUGAGUCAUGAACUCCUCGCCGGCGGAAACUCCCAGCUGGAUGAUGACAAGGAACGCACGCACACCUACGACGAGGACGACCUCAAGCUGGCCUUUAUUGUGGGAGGAGCCACUGGCGUCUGCAUGGUCAUCUUCAUCAUUACCUUUGCUCUCUGCCUCAAGAGUUGCUGUGAGAUGAGGAAGAAAAAGAGCAGCGAGGAGGUUACUGAUGGGGAUUCGGCCCCUCUGGAUCCUUCUCAGGACAGCCUUCCCACUAUCCACACUUGGACCCCACAGCGGUCACGUCAUCCCAGGCGCUCGAAUCCCCAGCGCCCACACAGCUCCUCGUCGCGUGCCAUUGUCCGGCAGCCCUACGGGCCACAGGAUAACUUCGUUAACCGCCUGUUUGGACGACCGGCAAGGAGUCAGUACUACCGGACUAUCAAUCAGAACACGGCCACGCUCAUCCGGCGUCUGAGCCGGAGCAACCUGUUCAGCAGUCGCGAUCGAGAGCCAGUCACGCCAACGACACCGCCACCGACUUCUACCACCCGUUUCUACACGGAUGUGGUGGAAAGAGGAGCAGCCAGGCCGGAGACACCGCCUCCAAAUUAUGGAGACGUGGUGGUCAUCGAUAAUUGUGAUACGAGUAACAAGUGAUGUCGUCCCACCAUUUCGUCUUUUGUAGUUUUUAGAUAUUUUAAGAUACCUCAUUUAAAAUAAAACUAAAUUCAAUUGAAAAAAUAUAUAUAAAUAAAAUAA